AAAUGAAGGAGAAGAAGGAAAAGAAACCCCAGAGGGAACAGCCUCCUCUGCCCGACAAGCCUUAUCAAUGCUCAUUCUUCCUUGGAGUUCGCAAGAACAGAUACUGUGCAUUCCCUACCCCCUUCUCCACAGCAAGGUUCUGCCGUCAACAUGAUCCCGAUGCGUUGAAGGUCGACCAAGGGAAGCAUAAGCGUGUACCGUGUCCGCUUGAUCCGUCGCAUACUGUUGCGGAGAGGGAGUUGAAGCGGCAUGUGAGGAAGUGCAAUGCUAAGAAACCGGACGUGACGCCGCCUUGGUUUGCGGAGGAUAUCAAUACUGAAAUACCGCCGGAGGGCAUUGUGCAGGGUCCGUUAAAUGGGCUCGGACGAGACGGGUUUGCCGAGUUUGCUCAGCUCAUCCGUGAAGCGUACGCUUCGGUGUUUGCCGACAAACCUAUUCCACUGGAGCAGUUAUCGCAUCCCGCACUCGAGUCACGGCUGGAAGAGUUGACAGACACGAAGCACGCUAUUCAACAAUCAUCACUGAUUGGUCACCUGAAACGCCUUGAUCUGUUGUCCGACGAGAAGACGUUUGUUGAGUUUGGAUGUGGUCGCGGUGAAUACACUCGAUAUGUCCAUAAAGCUCUUAUGUGCGAACGAGAAUCAUCCCAUUCGACUGUCAGCGAGGAAAGGGAAGGUCCGAGGUUUCUGUUACUGGACCGCGCAGCACAACGUCUAAUCUUCGACCGCCAAAUCCCUCUCGACGCACCAGACAACCACCCAAAACCCAACGUCACCCGACUCCGUUGCGACAUCAAAGAUCUCCGUCUCCAACAAGCCACCACAACUGAUACCGAUACGACACAAUCACCACCAUCAAUCGUCGCAAUCUCAAAACAUCCUUGUGGUGCGGCCACGGAUUUGUCGUUACGAUGCCUCCUCGACCCCUCCAUCGCCCCCAACGUCCACGGAAUCAUCUUCGCCCUCUGCUGCCACAACGUCUGCUCACCCGACUCCUAUCCCCUCGCCUACCUCCCCACCCCUCUCACACCAUCCCACUUCCACUACCUCUCGAAGGUAACAUCCUGGGCAGUCUCCGGAGUUCGGGAGAAUAUGUCACUCGAUGAUGGGGCGGAGGGACAUUGGACAGGUCUUACGCUGGGCGAGAGGAAGGAGUUGGGGUGGAUGGCAAAGAGGGUUAUGGAUGAGGGUCGGAGGAGGUAUGUAGAGAGUCGGGGGGAGUGGGAGGAGUGUCGGUUAGUGGAGUAUAUCGGGGCAGGAGUUACUGGGGAGAGUGUUGCGUUGAUGGUGAGGCGGUAGAGUUUGAUAGGACCAUCGAUGUUGUUUGUUUGGAAUCAUCGAAUCAAUGUUGUUUGACAGAG